AUUAUCGGGAGGCAAAGAGGACAAGGAUGCAACCAGCCUUAUGAGAUACCAUGUUUUCAAAGAUUUGCUAUCCCUGAUGGUGAUAGAGAAACUGUUCCAAAUGAUGUUGAACAAUGUUCUGCAGCCCAAGUAACUCUCAGUGUAUUUCAUUCUGCAGUCAUGAAGACCAGCCCUCCCAUCCUGCUGUGCAUUCUGUCAUUCUUGCUGGCAUCAGGAGGAGAACAGGGAUCCUCAACUCUGCAUUGCUUAUACGACUCAGUGGAGACCGUCAUUUGCUCUUGGACCCCGACAAAAAAUGACACAGAAGCGCAAUGCCAACUCACAGCUUCUGUCGAUUAUGGGAAGCCGCCUAAGUCAUGCCAACUGCAAGGCACAGGCAACAGGAGCUGCCAACUGAUCCUUACGAGCUACAGCUUGACUACUGUAGAUGACAUUGCCAUGGCUAUAUCUUGCCGUAUUGGGGAGAACUGGAUGGAAGUUCAAUACGAGACGUUUACCCCUUUUCAGAACAUUCAACUCCAGCCUCCUUGCAAUGUUCAACUGGAAAAGACCAAAGAACAUGCCUACAAUUUAACUUGGAAUGUCUGCAUUCUCUCCCAUUACUUUGAAGGAAAGCUGGAAUACCAAGUACGGUAUAAAAUAAACAAUUCUGACAAGGGUGACACAAUCCUUCACAUUGAUCACGAUCAGAAAUGGCUCAACUUUGAGACUCUUGAUCCUGACACAGCAUAUGAGGCAGCCGUUCGUGCAAAGUUACUAGGGGAAAUGUACAAGAGUGUGUGGAGCAACUGGAGCAUGCCGGUAAUUUGGAGGACUGAUCCUAAAGAACCACCUCUAGGUGCCUCCCUUCCAGUUCUUCUAACCGCUGCUGGAAGUUCGCUCUCCGUCAUCCUCAUUGUCAUUUUCUUGAUGCCCAAGUCAUUGAUAUCAAAAUGUUUAAGGAAGGUGCUGAAGAUCCAUUUACCAGACCCAGCAGAGUUCUUCCCAUCUCUCACUGCUGUCCAUGAAGGAGAUGUCCAGAAGUGGUUGUCCUCUCCCUUGUCCAAGUCUUCCUUCCAAAUUGCUACUGCAGCUCCGGAUGUCUCCGUGCUUGAGAUCAUGCAGACAGACAAUAAGGAGCCUCCCUUCCUCUUUCCCAAAGAAUAUCUCACCAAUAUGGACACUUUGGAGACCAGUGGACAUUCCUCAUCCAGUCGUUUUACCAAUGGUGGCUAUUUUUUCUUCCACCAUCUCGACUCUUUUGAGAUCGAGCCCUGCAAGGUGUACUUCACCUAUGACCCCAUUGCUCAAGAGAGCAGUGGCAGUGAGGAUGGCGACUCCUACAAAGCAGGUGACAACAGCGAACCACAACAUGUUUAUGGCACCCUGGCGAACCAGGGUAAUGAUACUUUUCUGCAAGUAACGAAGGACCGAACCCAGGCAGUUGGGGGUUGUUUAGUGGCUCUUCCAUCAAGGGAGAGCUUACCAACAGCACUGGCAGUGGAACCAGAUGAGAAGGAAGAAGGGAGCGAGCCCAUUGUUCUGCCCUCCAAGUCUCCAGAACAGUAUUUCAUGAGCUGGCCAAAUAUCCUGGAGCAGUCUAGCAUUGCUACUAAUGAAACAGAAGGGAUCAGAAAUGUAGAUCCUCCUACCAGUUCAGUGGAAAUUAAUAGGCCUGCGUUCCUCCAGUGUGUGAUGCAGAAUCAAGGCCAAGUCAAUGAUCUCUGCAGAGCGGUAUCCUCCAGUCAGAUCACCAGUUCUUCUGAGGCCUACCUAUCCUUGAGGGAUCUGCAGAGCCAUUACAACCAUCAUUCUGUGUGAUUUCUCCAAAACCAUGACAGCCACUGUGCUGCCUGAACCAUGCAAAGGAAGGUCACUUCGGAAAUCAAGAACGUCAAACCGGCUCCUUCAAACAGGUUCCAUGCUUGACAGGGGCUGCCAUCCCGAUGGAAGUUAAGGACGCAUGCCCAGAUCAGUUUACGAGCUUCCAACAUUUCUUUUCUACACGAGACAAAUGUUUACUUGCCAACUCCCGAAGAGUUCUUCCAUUCAUCAUUCCAUGGUCUGGGUUGGCUGUGCUUUCUUGUGCUCAAGGAUCACUGUUUCAUCACCAGCACCUCCCAUCCAAACCAUUUAUUUCUUAUCUCAAAUGGUUCUCACAGCCUUCCUUAGCAUAAACCAAGCUUGCAGACCCACAACCUGAAGGGAAAACAAGAACCAGGAAGAGUCAAAGAGAAUGAGUUAGAGGGAUGGUCUUCUGAGGUAUGGAUGUAACUUUUCUUCUCUGUCCCUAUGUGCCACUAAAGUAUUCAUUCACAGGAACAUAAGAAGCUGCUCUCAAG